AUGACUACAGUCGGGUUGGAUCCUUUAUUUGCAGUUCCGAAAAGGAGUACAUAUUCACAUAACUAUAGUCAGGCUGGAUGCUUGACUUUACAGUUGUCCUGUUGUGAUCUCUCUGCCAGGCAUCGAACAAAAUAUAAGGACAUCAACAUAUUUUGGCAACAAGUUGAGAAUGAAAUAUUGAUUGAUCAUGCCGAAACAAAAAUAGCUUACAAAAUUAUCCAUAGAUCUGCUGGUCUUGUUGAUACAGCACUCAUAAACGUAAAGGGAAAGUUGCAGAAUUGGAAAUGUGCAAGUGUAGAUGAAGAGCGAUUCCUAAAAAUCAACAAAUUUAUGAUGCCUACA